AUGGAGAAUUAUUCUUACGGUUCUGGUGCAGGGAAAAUGAUACCGUCAGAACAGAGCAUCAGCAACGUACCAAGCAAGAGCACGUAUAAGCAGCUCGACAGCACGAAUUUACCCGACCCUAAGGAACCGGCAGAUUACAGUUUGUACCAACACCCUGGAAAUAUUAACCUGGUGGAUCAGAAUGGGUACGUCCUAGAGGAGACUCCCUACUACAGUCAUGGAGAAAUAAACACCACCCCCUCGAUGAACCUGUACCACGGUGCAGACAUGUACGUAGUAGGUGCAAGCAAUAGUAAAGACAUAAUGGAAAAACCAAAUAACACCUUCAAUAUACCAGGAACUAUACCAUCGAAAGGGGCACCGAAUUAUGACUAUAUAAAUUCUGCCCUAAAUAUCAACCAAGGGAAUUACUAUAAUCCAUACCAAGUGAUUAACGACUUUGUCCCUGGCAGUGAGAGUAUGAAAUACGAACCGAAGAGCGGAAUGGAUGGGGAAUACGUAAUUCCGGAGAUAAGCACAAAGAUGAAUAAUUCCUACGUGAUGAACGUAAACAAUAGUAGCAAUAUAAGUGGGAAAAUUGUACAGAAUAGUAUUAAUGGUUAUAUCGAUCCAGACAGCUACACGAAUUUGUAUGAAUACGGGAGCGGGAAUUAUAGUGAGCCCAUUAUGAAUGGCAUAGCAAGUAUGCCUGACAUGAAAAACAUGGCUAGCGCGACAUACCCCAGUGGAAUGGGAAAUGUAAAUUACGAUUUGUUGAUGCAUAACUACAACGGUGAUUUGUAUAAUAAUAUAAAUAGUGUGAGCAACGCGCAGAACUCGGCUAGCAUGGGUUAUCUGGGUGGUUUGGACAUUCCCCCCUUGAAGGUGCAACCGUACGGUGCGAGUUUUAACAGCUUCAAUUAUGACAGUAUGAAUUAUGGCGGUGUCAAUUUUGAGGGUACCAAUUUUGGGGAGGCUAAUUUGGGGAAUACCCAUUUCAGAGAUUCUCAUAUCGCGGGUUCCCACUUCGGGGAUGUCAAUUUUCAGCCCAUCCCCAAGGACGAGUUUCCACUCCUGUUUGAUAAGCACAAAGGAGCGGACCUGUUAGGCGAGCGGGAAGGGAAAUACUCAAAGCUUAUUAGAAGCAACAACCACGCGGAGGGGAGUCAUACCCACAAACACCCCCCAGAACAGUUACAAGCAAUACUAUGUCUACAAAGGUUGGAGGAAAUCCCUACUCCAUUCUUAAAUUUCAAAGACAUAAAAUAUUCAGUCAGUGUUUACUUUAACUCCUAUGAUGAUAUACUAGAAAAAUACCAAUCCCAAUUUUACAGCUGUAAAUUGAACGAAUCAAACACAUAUGCUGACUGUGAUUUGAAAAACGAAAUAAUAAAAUUACCAUUCAAUAAUGAAGAAUUUAUUUACCUAAAGGUGAUAGAAACGUCUAUGUACAAGACAGAAGUAACUGGUCGAUUGCAACUAAAAGUGAAAUCUCUUUCGCAGGAAUAUCCAUUGAGAAUACCUAUAAUAGGAGAUGAUGGGAAUUCCAAAGGAUUUUUAAUUAUGAACUUUUUUAUCACCUCGUCCUUCUAUGAUUUAAAGAAUGACUUGCUCAUAACUGAUCAGUCAAGUUUGCCCAGUCGGCCCAAGUCUACAAGGAUCCGGAGAAAAAAUAAUGGUUUCCAUUUUUUCGAAAAUUUCACAAAGUGGUGUUGUGAGAUAACGGACCAUCACAUGAACUAG